AUGGUGGCAUGCCCACCUUCCAAGCUCGACUACGAGUACUUUCCUCAUUUGAGAAGAGGGGGGAACGAGCAGUCUUACGCCGCGCCCCAAGAAUGGGCACUGCGCACCAAACCCCUCAAACAAAGCGAAUGGGACACACUCCCAACACAUGUCGCCAGUGAACAAAGCGAGUCGCCUGCAACACGUCUUGCAGUCUGGAACCCAAAGAACGCUGUGACAAGAGAUGUUUUGGUUUGA